AUGGCGGUGGCGAAUGCGAUCUCGAUCUUGGUCAGGGCUGGAGUUCGGUUCAACGGCGCGGACUUGAAGGGCGUCAGGAUUCCCGGGGCCGAUCUUCGUGGGGCGCAGUUUGAUAGUGCGGAUUUGCGGGAGGCGGAUCUGACAGAUGUUAACUUUAGCAAGGCGUGGCUUCGACAUGCGAACCUCAGCAAGGCGCAGAUAGAGAGGGUGCAGUGCGGAGAGCUCCCGUUUCUGGAGGUAGGCAUGUUGGUUUCGAAAUGCGAGUUUACGUCCGACGGGACUCUCCUUGCCGUGUCGACAGAGGAUGACACGAUUUGUAUUUAUGAGACUGAUGAGUGGGAACUGGUUGCUGAGUAUCCUGGAAGGUCUGCUAUUGCUGUCUCGCCGAUCGCUCGAGAGCUGGCUAGGGGGAGUUUUGGUGGCACGGUUGAGGUGGGUGACAUUCUCACGAGUAUAACCCGGUUGACCUUACGUGGCCACAAUGCCGUUGUCACUUGUAUCUCGUACUCGUGCGAUGGGUCCCUGAUCGCUACCGGGAGUGACGACGCCACGAUCCGGAUCUGGUCGGUCGAGACUGGCGAGACCUUGCAUGUGUUGAGAGAGCAUCAGGACGUUGUGCACUGUGUACGUUUCUCACCCCAUGGCAAUCGGCUUUUAUCCGCCAGCAAGGACUUUACGGUGCAGAGUUGGGACGUCAAGACUGGAGAGCACCUCGGGAUUAUCGGACGCCAUGUCGAGCCUAUGCGGACAGUGGCCUAUUCUUCUGACGGCUGCCAGUUUGCCACCAGUGGUGACGAGUUCCACAUUCGACUCUGGGACGCCGACACAAGGGAAUGGCUCCGCACGCUCAUGGGACACCGUAUGACAGUUCUCGACUUGUCAUAUUCGCCUGACAGCAACCAGCUCGCCUCUUGUGACAUGAACAGUAUCGUCCGUUUAGUCAGCACUGUUGCGUAUUCACCUAUUGGCGACUUUAUUGCCUCUGGGGCCUGGGACGGGACGGUGCGGCUUUGGAAGGCUGGCGAGGCGGCGGUAUCCGAUGCCAUUUCGGAUGGGCAGUUUGAUAGUGCGGUCUGUGUCGAUAUCUCUCAGGAUGGUAGGACGAUCGUUACGGGGCAUGACGACAGGACGGUGCAGUUCAGGGAUAUUAUGACAGGGGAACCAAAAGUGAUCCUGAAGGGUCAUCUGUCUCCACUUGUCGACGUUCUGUAUUCACCAAAGAAAAGCGUCGUCCUUAACGGCAAUGACCGCGUCUUUAGCUCGGAUAACCUCGUCCUUAGCCUGGAAUUGCUGGUUUUUGGACUGGCAGAUCAGGCACCCGCUGCCGCCGCCUCCCAAAUGCCCAUGUUGAUGUACAUGAAGAAGGUCAAGCCAUAA